ACUGCCUUGAGGCCAAGUCCAACAGUUAUAUACGAAACUCUAAUGAGGAAAGUGUACGAUAGAAACGAGGUAAAUACUUAGUUGCAUGUGAAAAAAAGUUAGUAAACAACAAGUGCUAACAAAACGUAGAGCAGUCAGUGUAUAUGUGUGUAAAAAGCCAAACAGGUUCAUUAGUUGAAAUAACGCUUGAUGUAAAUUGCUAAGUGUGAACGUGUUUACCUGCCUGCUGUGUCUCAAACUCUUUAUCACAACACUUAAGUGCCAAACUGUGAUAGAAACACAAUAAAAAAACAAAGUUGUUAGAAAGUAAAAACAAAAAGGCCAUAAAUAUUUAAAAACAUUAACACUUCAGAAUAUCGGAUUGUUAGUUAAAUUGAAAAGGCGUUGUGACAAUUAAACGCAACGAAAAUGCAUAUGAAACACGGGUGCACGUCGACGCCCUUACUGCUGUGGCUGACCGUCAUCACAUUUUCCGUGCUGUACAACAACAUUGCAUGCAUAGAAAUUCCAACACGUUUCCUAUACAAGCGCAGCACUGACACUGCGGCGACUGGCGUUGAAGGCGAGCGGGCGCGAACGGACGGCACAAGUGAUGAGAAUAUGUUAACCUUUUACAAAGAGCUGGCCAAUGUGACGGAUGUAGAGGACUUAAUAGAACGCUUCGUCGAUAAGGAUAGCAUUGAUCCCCAGCUAGGCUUGCAAGACACCUUCAGACGCAGUGUGGAGCGCGCUAAUGUAGUACAAGCUAAGUCGGCUGCUUGCAUGCCCGAGAGCACCGUUGUGCCGCUCAUACCGCUGGAGUCCUCGAAUGAUCCAAAAAUCGACUAUUUUCCCAAGUGUACGCGUGUGAAGCGCUGCGGCGGCUGCUGUGGCUCCCAACUGAUGUCGUGUCAACCUGCCGAGACGGAGACAAUCAACUUUGAGGUGAUUCCUUUUGAAGUGGUCGGCGGCAGAAAAAUGCGCCUUCGUGGCAAGGAUAUUGUCGUAGUCGAACAGCACACGAAAUGCAAAUGCGACUGUCGCAUUAAGGCGGAGGUAGGUAGUCGGGACUGCAAGCAAUAUCAGAGAUAUCGGCCGGACAAGUGCAGCUGUGAGUGCACAAAUGACGAUGCGUUGCAGAAAUGUUUAGAGCAAGGACACAAAUACUGGGAUGAAACGGAAUGCCGUUGUGUCUGCCGUGACAGCCAGUCCUGUACGACCGGCACGAUAUUUGACGACAGUCAAUGUGCCUGUAUCGAUAUCACUGACGAUGGCAGCAACACUAAAAGUGCAAGUUCUAGUUCACCGACACUGCUCGAUCGCCGGCGUUUCAUAGUCAAGGCCAUACCCGUUGAGGUGAAACCGGAUGAUAGCACACGUUAUUCUGUCUAAAACCGCAAAGAAAGGGGAAAACUAAGAAAGUUAAGGAAAGAAAGAAAUAAAUAAAAGGAAAGCAAGAAAGAAAUGGAA